UUGACUUACACUACUUCGAUCAAUAUUAAUUUCGGUUGUAUUUGAACAACAAAUUUUUGAUUAAAAUCGGUAUAGUAUCAAAUCUGUAUAUACAAAAAUUGAUGCGCCUUUUUCCCACGAAUUAGGGUUUGUAAUGGCGAUACGAUUUUAGAUUGCUUGAUUCGUUAGAUUGAAGCUCACCGUUCUUUAGUCAAUGACAUUUAGGUGUUCAUUCGUAUGUGUAGACACCACUGAUUGCUGCUUUCGCCACUCUGUUCGGGGCAGAGCUCUGCGUGAAAAUUGGUUUCAUCGAGUUAAAUUCUCAUCUUUCAUUAAUGACCAUCAUGAUCUUCCUUCUGUAUUUGUCACAUCUAAAUUCUGUUUUUUUUUUUUUUUUUAAUGAUUCCAAAAGAGAGGAGACUCAAGUCUCCGUUUACUUAAGAUUUAAAUUAUUGACGCUUGUUUUAGGACCGUGUAAGCAGGUUUAAAGACCACUGUUAUCAGUUUGACGAAUUCAACACUUGGAAAAUUUUAGAGAAAAAUCUUCGGUUUGCUUUGUCUCUGACGUGUGUUGCUUACUCAACCGAAAUUGUAAAUGAGUCAACGGAGAUUGAUUUUUCUAUUGAUGGUCCACACUCUACGUAACUUCUUUUUGUUUUUUUUUUUAUAAAGGUGAUAGGUCCACAUAACUUCUAGCAGACGUUUAAUUGACGAGGACAUGUUUAUAGACAAAAAAAAAAAGGUAUGCAUAUUAUUCAUACCUGCUUGCUGUCCUAAUCUAAAUAUCAUCUGUAUGAUCCUGAAAAUGGAAUUGAAGAAUCUCUUGCCAAUCUUCUGGUUUCUCCUUAUAGGCUUUACUGUUGUGUUUGCACCAGAAUGCGGAAAAACUGGGGUUUUUGUACCAAAUGGUAGGUAUGACAAGAACCGUGGCCUUCUCCUCUCUUCUCUUGCUUCUAAUGUUUCAGCUCAAAGUGGCUACUUCAAUACUUCGAUUGGCCAAGGCCCGGAUCGUCGAGUGUACGCUCUAGGGAUGUGCAUUCAAGGUGCUGAACCAGAGGUUUGCUACAACUGUAUUGACUUUGCGUCUAAUCUGUUAUUAGACAGCUGUCCCAACCAGACGGAAGGCCUGGCCUGGUCUGAAAAACGGGUUGUGUGUAUGGUACGGUACUCCAAUAUUUAUUUUUUUGGAUCACUCACGAUAGAACCGCAUUUUCCUACCCCAAGUCAGGAAGAUAUCAGAUCCAAUUUAGCAGAGUUUGAUAAAGCGUGGGAAGUGUUAACAAGUGGUAUGAUAGCUAAUACUACUUCGCCAUCAUCUAAAAGCAAUUCGAUUUUAAAACGAUUGAAGCUGCAACAAACAAAUUCUCGGAGAGCAAUAUAAUUGGCCGUGGUGGAUUUGGAGAAGUUUUCAAGGCUGUCCUCAACGGGACUGAAGUUGCAAUUAAGAGGCUGUCAAAAUCAUCAAACAAGGUGCACAUGAGUUCAAGAACGAGGUUGUUGUUGUUGCAAAACUUCACCAUAGGAAUCUUGUUAGGCUUCUCGGUUUUUG